CAUCUUGUAGUUUUCAUGCUUCUUACUCCAUCUUCGGUUUUCUCUUUCCGGUCAGCUUCCGCGCGAAGAUGCCUUCCGUAACGCUAAAAGACGUCGACCAACACAAGUUCGUAAAGGCUUUUGCCGCGUUCUUGAAAAAGACUGGCAAAAUGCGAGUUCCAGAAUGGGUAGACAUUGUAAAAUCUGCACGUUUCAAGGAACUUGCUCCAUACGAUCCAGACUGGUACUACAUUAGGUGUGCUGCAUUAGUACGUCACAUUUAUAUUCGAAGCCCAAUUGGUGUAGGAGCAGUCACCAAAAUUUUUGGAGGACGCAAACGUAAUGGCACCCACCCCAGUCACUUUUGCCGAUCUGCAGGAGGUGUAGCUCGCAAAGCUCUUCAGAGCUUGGAACAACUGAAACUCAUCGAGAAGGCUCCACUUGGUGGACGCAAACUUACAAGUCAAGGUCGUAGAGAUUUAGAUCGUAUUGCAGCACAAGUUAAAGCAAAAAGCAAAAAACAACUUAAAUUACAAGAGACUCUUGUUCUAUAAUUUCCUUGUUUCUGUAAUAAAAGUGGAAAAUU